UGGUGGUUGCAUAUGUUCUGAAAUAACUGACGGGAGUAAACAAAUGGAGAAGACAAGUCUUAUCUUUGCUGGAUAAAGAACUCGGCACUCGCGGGGAUAAGUAACACCAAGAGUAAAAUUACGAUGGAUCAAAACAAUGGCAUGCUGGAGGAAGACAAGGAGAUUAUAAACACAAACUUCGAUAAACUGGUGGCCUCAACAAGUCCAGUUAAUCUUGAAAGGAUUGUCGACACUCUCGUACAGUAUGGAAUUUUCCCGGAAGAGGCAGUCAAAAAGUACUCGACGGAGAGUCAGAAUUUAAAAACCCGAAAGAUGGAAUUUUAUUUGGACAUUCAAAGACAGGGGCCGUUAGCGUUUGAAAAGCUUAAACAUGCCAUGAGUGCCUGUGGUUACACCGAACUACUAAAUAUCCUGCAGCCUUGUGAAUUGCACAUUCAUCCAUCUUAUGCAGCUUACACAGGGGCUCGACCGUCACAUUUCCCGGAAUACAUGAAAGAAUCAAUUCCUCACUCGUUACUUGACACCAUUGACCAGUUCCAAGGCGCCAGCAUUAACCUUAGCACAGAAGCAAUUGAAGUUUCAGUCCGAAAGGCUGAGCAAAGGCAUGACUUGAAAAUUUCCAAAUCUCCACGAUACCGAUGUGGCUCAAGUCCGAAAGGCCUUGCAUUGAUUAUUAACAUUCGUGACUACGAGGACAAAAAUCAUUCGCGUCGUCGUGGUGCUGAGCACGAUGACAGAAACAUGGAAGAGCUUUUCAAACAGCUUGGUUACGACACCGAGGUUCACAUUGAUCUCGAAAAAAAGGAGUUUAUGGAUGUAAUCAAGACUUUUGUGUCUAAUCCUAAACACUUUCAAGUUCACACUUGCAUGGUGUCAAUCAUGUCUCAUGGCCGGAUGCUGCAACCUGAGGCUGAAGAUAAUGUGACGUCUGUUUUUAUUGCAAGUGAUGGAAAGACUAUUCCCUACACAUGGGUAGUAGAUCAGUUUGAUGCUAAAAACAGCCCCGGACUUGUGAACAAACCAAAAGUAUUUUUCUUCCAAGCGUGCAGAGGUGAAACAAAAAGUGCAAUUGUGAAACUAGCGUCUCAUCGACUUGUGCUGAAUGACACAACAGAGGCUGAUGGCCAAGGUUGCUUGCCACCUCCUGUCCGACGUCUCUCGGAUAUAUUGAUAGCUCAUGCAACCCCCAGAGGAUUUGUUGCAUUACGAGAUGUGAACCGAGGAAGUUGGUUUAUACAGAAAGUGGUGGAAGUUUUUAUGAACAAAGCCCACAACACUCAUGUCUAUUCCAUGCUCCAGGAAGUGGACAAUGCGUUGUCCAGGUGUAUCACUGGCGACUCGCUUUCGCAAACCAUGUGCAUUGAACAAAUCGGCUUUAACCAUAAAUUAUUUUUGUCUCCUGGACUUUUUGACAAAGAGGACUAAAUUAAUGUCACAAUUUUAAACUAAAACAACAUUACCCAUAUUUUAUAUUAAUUAAUUAACAAUUUAGUAUCUAUGCUGAUCUCUUUUAAAUCAAACCACAUGUUUUAUUUUUGAAAUAAAAAUUUGUGCUUCGUAUAA